AACCACUUCAUAUUUAAUUUGCUAUCACAAUUUCACAAAUUUCGCUACACAAUUAACAAAAAAACAAAACCAAACAGGAUAUUCUUUACAAAUUUGUCAAUAUUCAAUGUAAACAUUAGAUACGAAAUGACCACCCCCCUUAACUAUGUCUAUGGCCAUGUCAGUUUAGCCAUCCACCGGCCACCACUGACAGUUCAUUGGAAUCCCUAAUUAAAACCGAUUUGAAGUUUGAAGUUCAAGUUUCAAGUUGAAGUAUUUUGAAGCUCGUUACAAGUUUAUGUUUGUGUAAUUUGUGUUUUUGAUGCAAGUUUAAAUAAUUAUAAACUUUUAAAGUGAAAUUAAAAAUGGGACGAAGAAAAAGAUCUAGUGUAGAAUCACUAUCACUUGACCAAUCUGAAAAUUACAUAAAAAUGGAAAUUGACAAUCAAGCUUUGAGAGGAAAAAAUAAAGUUUUAGCUCAAACUGUAGCUAAAAUUCAACAAGAAAAAGCUUUAUUUCAAAAACAAGUCACACAUUUGCAAGAAGAAUAUUUUGCGUUAAACUCAAAAUAUGUUAAUUUAAGAAAUAUCUUCAGUAGAAUUGAGAGCACUACCAAAAAUUCAUGCUUUCCUAGAAUUGCAGAAGCAGUAAAUGAUAUGGCGCAAAUAAUGCAUUUAUGUGCCUUAGGCUCACUUGUUAAUGGAGCGGGAAAAGAUCCAAAAACUUUAAGUGUCAAGCCACAUACUGUAAAUGGAACGGUGAUACAAAACCCAACCAUAACGCUUUCACGCUUUAAUGACUUAGACUUAGAAAGUAGCAGGUCUACUAGUUCCAACAGCAGCAGACCAAAUUUCGCUCGAAACAGUAUUCCAACAGGGAUGUCCAUGAACAGAACAAGUGGAAGCCCAAGUACUAGUCGAGCUUCUGAAGAAAAUCCUGUUGAAAACAGUCCAAAUUCCCCCCUGUUAAAUAGUCCAGACUAUAUUUCCUUCAGCAGGCGAAGUAGCAGAAGAAAUGUUGUAUCUGACUCUGGACCAAAUACCACGGUUGAUGAAAAUGAAGAAGAAAAUAGCAGAAUUGAUUUUGUGUCUCGUUGUCGUAGAAGAAAUGCAUUAAGCCUGCCGAGGGAACAUGUACCGGAAGAAGAACAUGAAGAAUUUGAUUUUAGUUCAAACCUUGCCAUGGAAGAGGAAGAUGAUGAGUUAAAUGAAGAAGAUGUUGAAAAUAAUGAGGAAAAUAAUUACAGCCAACGGCUUAUGACAAUUGAGGAAGUCGACGAAACUGAUCCAUCGAUGAUAAGCAAUCAUCCAUCGAUGGUAAGCAAUCGAUCGAUGGUAAGCAAUCCAUCGAUGGAAAGCAAUCAUCCAUCCAUGGUAAGCAAUCAUCCAUCGAUGGUAAGCAAUCAUUCAUCCAUGGUAAGCAAUCAUCCAUCGAUGGUAAGCAAUCAUCCAUCGAUGGUAAGCAAUUCAUCGAUGGUAAGCAAUCCCUCGCCAAUUAGGGACCGUAUUAGAGAGAUACGUAUUUAUCUAAGCCCUCUCGGACCCGAAUAUAUAAAUAGAAUACAAAAUACGACUCAGCAGUCCCUUUUAGGAAGCCCUUCAUCUCUCUCCGGCGAAGUUAGCAACUCCAUCUUAGACGAAAACAACACCUUCCUCAGCGGUAGCCCAGGCCAGACUAAAUUUGCCAGUCCUACAUUGAACGAUUUUUCGUUUUUAUCACCCUCGAGCACUGCGUCCGAGUUUUUCAACAAAGAUCGAUCUGAUUGGUCUAAGACAGAGGCAGAAAAUGACACGACUUAUCGACCAUCAGCAAGUACCGUAGAUUGGAGCGAAGAUAGCACUACUCUAGAACGAACAUUAAUCCCAGUACCUGAACAGACAAAUCUGGAACAAACAGUCCUGAAAUCAGAUUCAAUCACUACUUCAACGCCAGUUGUACCGACACCUCCAUCUAGGGUAAGACGUAAAAGGAAAAAGAAGAGCUCAGAAAUAUCCGUGCCAAAUUCUAGUCCUCUCUCCACACUCAUUACCAAGAGAAAAAAUGGGGGUGAAAAGAUGGCUCAAGUUCUGAUAAAGAGAAUGAAUUUGAGCACUUCGACUAGUCCAGUGAAAACCAUUAGCGAAUCAUUGGACACCGUUCCUAUUACAGAUGUAAAACAAAUAAAACAAAGAAAGACUAGUAAAGCUAAACCUAAAUCGAAAGGAUCACCUUCAAAAGUUAAAGCUACGAAUACGGAGAAACAAACUUCCAAAGAAACUGUCAAGAAGAAAACAAAAGGAAAAGAAAAUCGAAAAUUAUCUCCCAUGCAGAUACCUAAGUCUCCUCGGUUAAAGAGAGCUUCGAAACCGCUCCUAUUAAAAGAGCCCAGUUUACAAAAGAAAUUAAGAAGAAGUAGAUAAGGCGAAAUACGCAUCUUUAGAAAAAAUAUUUUAGCUGUGUAAUUUUUUCUCUAUAUGACAUUUUAAUGUUUAUUUCUAUGUGACAAAAAAUAUUUAACAUUAUAGAUUUAAAUAAAGACUGUAUGUACUGUAAGUAUAUCACGUUCAGUAAACACCUACGUACUUUAGUUCUGUCUUUUACCUUGUAAUUUGUUACUAUUCAUUAAUCAAAUACAAAUGUUAAGAUAAU